AUGUCCGACAUCGAGAACCCUCCGGCCAGAGCCUCCGCGACGGAUCCCCUCAACCUCUCCAGCAAAGUCAAAGCCUCGUCAGAUAUCCAGGCCGUGUCUGCCAACAGCUCGCGAAAGCGCAUUGCCGGUCGCGUGAAGAGUAAAUCCAAGGUCGCCGACUUUUACACGCAGCAGAACGAGCACAUCGAGCGACUCCUCAAGCCCGUGCACGACCAUGUCCGAGAAUCCCGCGACAACGAGGCCUCCACUCAGCUGCAGUAUCGCAUCGCAGUGUACGGCUCCUUCGUGUGCAAUAUCUUCUUGUCCGGUCUGCAGCUCUACGGUGCCAUUGCCUCUGGCUCGCUGUCUCUCUUCACCACCAUGGCCGACUCCAUUUUCGAUCCCAUGUCUAACAUCACCCUCAUCUUGUGCAAUCGCGAGGCCAAGAAGGGAUACACGCAUCGCUUCCCCGUGGGGAAAUCGCGGGUCGAGACGGCGGGGAAUAUCUUCUUCUCCUUCAUCAUGAUGGCCGUUUCGCUGAUCUUGAUUGCCUUUUCAUGUCAGCAGCUGGCCCAGGGUGGAGAGGCGGCCUUCCACCUGCCGUCAGUCAUCGCCGUGACGGUCGCAUUUGCCGUUAAGUUGUGCUUGUUUCUCUACUGUUGGGCUCUGCGGAACACCUACUCGCAGGUUCGCAUUCUGUGGGAAGAUCACCGCAACGAUCUCUUCAUCAACGGGUUCGGUAUCCUCACCUCGGUCGGCGGAUCGAAGCUCAAAUGGUGGAUUGAUCCCAUGGGCGCGGUCAUUCUAUCGUGUCUGAUCCUGGGUCUCUGGCUGCACACCUCGAUCGGCGAGUUCCAGCUGCUGAUCGGCGUGUCUGCGGACGCCGGCAUGUUGAAUCAAAUCACGUACAUCGCCAUGACCCAUAGCGAGUCGGUUGAGGCGGUAGAUACCGUCCGCGCAUACCAUUCCGGUCCGCAGUUGAUCGUCGAGGUUGACAUCGUGAUGAAUGCCAAUCUGCCGCUACACGUCUGCCACGACGUGGCAGAGGACUUGCAGGAGAAGCUCGAGAGUCUGCCGAAUGUCGAGCGGGCGUUCGUGCAUAUUGAUUACGAGGUUACGCAUCAACCGGAACAUAUGAAAAAGUUCAUGUAG